CUUUUUCCUGCACCCUAAACCCUAUCAGCGGUCAUCCCACGUCCGAUUUGCGAUGAUGGGGCACCCAUGCCGCGCGGGGAGAUGGAUGCCUCUGCUCGGAAUCCUCUUGUGCAUUUUAGGUUCGCGGACCGGGCGUCCGCGGUACACUGCCUUGGUCUCGGUGGCCCUCACGCGGCAAGCUGGGGAGAACGUGAAGCUGCAGAAAGCCUUGGAACAGGCUUUGGCAGAGGCCCAGCUGAAAGCCCAGCUCGUGGAGGUGCCCUGCAUCGAACAUGCAGCUGGUCCCGAUCUCCAAGAGCUGGAGGCCUUGCUGAGCUCGAAGACUGAGGUGGAGGAGGUGGUGCUUCUGACUUCACCCGAGGCCGCGAGGGUCUUUGGUGAGGCUUGGCGAGCAGCCAGGUCACCCACCUGCCGCGUGGCCUCCGUUGGCAAAGGAACCAGCGUGGCCGCUGCAGCGUUCGGCUUGGAGGUGAUCUUCGAGCCGAGCAAGGCCAACGCGGAGACUUUGGCGGUGGAGCUGCCCAGCGCUCUGGGGCCCAAACUCUGGUAUGCGGCCUCGGCCAUCGCGCCGGGCACCUUGCAAGAGGGCCUGGAGCAGCGUGGCUUCCAAGUGACGAGGCUUAACACCUACACCACUCAGCCACUGCUGCGGCCUACUCCCGAGGCUUUAGCGUUGAUGGAAGAGACCUCCAUCGCCACCUUCGGCAGCCCCAGCGCGGUCCGCGCAUGGAGCAAGGUGACGCCACACCGGCCGCUCUGUGCCUGCAUCGGUGGCACUUCCCAAGCAGCUGCAGAGGCCGAAGGCUUCACCCACAUCUUUGCUCCCGAGAGGCCAGGGAUUUCUGGCUGGGCCGAGGUCACAGUGACGGCGGUGAAGUCGUUGGGCGGUGAGCGGGUGUGAGCGGUGAGCGGCGCGGCGACCGAGGAGGAGAA